AUGGGCAAACAACCAAUUUUUAAUGUAAAACUUAUAGCUAUUGGCUCAAUUUUACCCAAUUUACACUAUGGUAUCAGUGCAUUUCAUUGGUGGACCACAAGAGGUGAUAUUGAUUCAACUAGUAGUGUAUUUCUUUACCCAAUAUGUGUUGGUUGGCAAACUGCUAUUGAAGUAAGUACUAAAAGAUAUUAUACACAAGUAUUAGAAGGUAACAGAACUGAUAAAUCAUGCCCUGGUUUUAGAAGUUAUACUGGAAAUGAGUUUAGUGAUGUUGAAGAUUCUUCUAGCAAAGCAAUUACUUCUUUAUAUAAACAAUUGAAUCCAUCCACAAACACCAAAUAUUUUGGCCCAUUAGUAUUAGGUUGGGAACAAGAAAUCAAUUUAAAAGCAUCAUUGGAAGGUGUGCAAUUUCGUCCAUUUGUGAUUAAUGUAGACAAAUUUCAAAUUUAUAUUACGGCAUUGGGAAUUUCUGGUAAAGAUGUAAAUGAAGCAGGAGUAGGAUACACAUCAUCUUUUGUAGGCGAGUAUAAAAAGCAGAGAUCAUUAUUUGUUCAAUUUAUUGAUCAAGAUGGGUUCCAUAUAGAUAUUUAUCAAAAAAAUAUCUUAUUUGAAAGUUUUGUUGGCUUGACACCAGUUGAAGUUUGGGAACAAACAGGGUUUAUGAAAAAAAUAAAUGGGAAAGCCCUUUUUGGAUUAGAACAUAAGAUGACACUUCAAAAUUUGGCUAAGCAGCAAAUUCCAAGUUGUGAUCCAACAUUUUGGAAUAAUGAAGAUAUCAUGUAUCAAAUUUAUAAUUAUCAUUUAAAAAAAAGGACAAUUGCAAAUGUUAAUUGGUUCUAUUUUUUUGAUACAUGGAAAAAUCAAAGCACAAUUAUUGAAUUGAAAAUGGCUUUACAAAACUUUUAUCCUACAAACCAUGUGUUCAAUGUGCGUGAAAUAGCAGCAUGGCGAGCUAUGUUGAAAGCUACUGGAUGCACAGAGAUAUCACCCUUUGAAAAGGAGAAGUCAAAUUAUGAAUUUUGGACACGAGCCUUUGACCCUUCUAAUGAUAAGAAUAUAAUGAAGAUGCUCUAUGAAAAAAGUUUUCUCAAUCCAAAUCCUUCUGAUGUUCCUGAUGUUUCUUCUAAAACCAUUUCCCGUGCCAGAACUUAUGCAAUUGUAAAUGGCCCAGGGUGUCCAUGUUUUGAUAAACCAAAAAUUACAAGGACUCGCCUGACAAAUGAAAUGUUGGAUCAAUUUCAGGUAUUUUUUUCAGACAAGAAUAAUGUAAAUAUGAGUUCAUACAAGGUUGAUGGAAAAACAGGAUUGCCUAUCCUUUACCUCAAAGAAAAUAAAAUAUCAUUAUGGAACAAAUACCUUGAACUCUACCCAAAUGGCAUAAAAAGAUCUACCUUCAUGGCUCGUUUGCAAAAUGGUCAAUUCAAGUAUCGAGAAGAUUUGGGUGGAUUGUGUGCAACAUGUAAUGAGUAUGGUUAUAAUGUAUUUUCUAAUAUCCAAGAGUUAGUGAGAACAAAAAUUAGGAGUAAUGAUCAAAAAAUUACAUCUCCAUUUUUGCCAUUAAGAUUUUUUAGAAAACCUAUGAGAACUUUGAUUGAUGAAAUUGAUUUAUCCCAACGCCAUUUAAAAUUUGGAUAUGGAAAAGAGUUAAGAAUUGAUUCAUUAGGUAAUUCUUAUCAUGUGGAUUGCAUUCAACAUUGUCUCCCUUAUGCAUUUGGACAAUGUUCACAAUUACAUCUGGAAACCUGCGCUGAAUGCAAAAAAUUAGAAAAUUUGUUUGCAACAUUAGUAACAUUGCUACCUGAGGAAACAGUUUCCCAUUCCAUAAAAAAAUAUGUGAGAUUGGGUUAUGAUGUAACAGGAGGUGAAGAUAUUGUAUCUGCAGCAAAAGGAAUUUGUGGUACAUCAAUAGCUAAUAUUGAGCCAAACAGAAGUUCUGAAAAGAAAAAAAAAACAUCUUUACCUGGAAUAUCAAAUUGGUUUGAAUUUCGGUGGCCUGUUGAGGGUGAAUAUGCAGGAUAUAUUUGUGCUCGUUCUUUACCAAAUUUUGGAAAGUGGAAAUAUUUUUCUCCAGCCAUAAUUCAAAAGCAAGAAAAACCAACUCCAACAUUAUCUGAUCAUACCAUUCCAGAUUCUAAAUGGAUAAUUCCAAUGCCAAGCAACAAUACCUCUAAUCCCAGUCGGUGGUCUAUUGGUAAAAUCAAAGAAGAAAUGAUAAAGUAUAAUCUGGAAAUUGAUAAUAAUAGUAGUCGUGUUGAAUUAGUGGCUCUUUUGCGAGAAGCAAUUGAUAAUGAAACAAAAAUGAAAAUUACAGAGGCAACAAAUUCAAUUCCACAAGAGAUUGAUGCUAUAAAUGAUAUGAAUGAGAGGGAUGUAAAAAAACGUAAAUCAGAAUCAAAUCUUAGAUGGGCCUUGAAGGAAAAUCAAAUUUAUGGAAAAAAAGGGGGUGGAAAACAAAUUGGUGAUAAAGUCAAGGAAUACCUGCAAAUAUAUUUUCUUUCUGGUAAUAUGGAUAGAAGUCAACGAUUUUCUGCAAAAGAUAUGUUAGAAGAAUUGGAAGAGCGUGUAAAACUUGGUGAACUUGCAUCCGAAGAGUUGCCAACAAUCAAAACAAUUGAAGGAUGGAUAAGUCAUUUUGCUGCUUCUCAUAAAAAAUCAAUGGCACAGAAAAUUUUAGAAGAAAACCAAAAUAAAAAUCAAUGA